AAAAUUUCUUUCACAUCAAAUUGCUAACCGUAGUCACUCGAAGAAGACCUUAAUUUCUCAACUCUUUCAUCAUCUUCUUCACCUUCUUCUUCUAUUUGAUCUCAUGCUUUGAGGCCGCUGGUCGAUGGCGACUGAGUCACCUCCACCCAAUUCUUCCAACAAUCAUCCCCCUAAUCCAGUGUCUGAGCCUGCUCAAGCAAUAUUCAAUGAUCCUCAAGCAACUGCAAAGCCCCCCAAGGAAAUUUCAUCAAAAUCUGUAUUUGUAAACUCCCAACCAAUACGAGAGGAGCAGGUGCAGAAUGCUGUGAACUUUCUUUCUCACCCAAGAGUUAGAGGAUCCCCCAUUGUUCACAGAAGAAAUUUUCUUGAGAAGAAAGGUCUCACGAAAGAGGAAAUCGAUGAAGCAUUCAGCCGUGUACCUGACCAAUCCCCUGCUGUUGCAAGUGGUCAAAGCAGUACAACCCAAGAUGCUCAGGCAACCCCUGCAAUAAAUAUUCAAGCUCAAGGUCCUACCCAGACCAUGCAACCUGUGCCAGCCACUCAAUCAGGUGUCAUGUCGACCAUGGGUAGAAGAUUUCAUUGGUCACAUGCAGUGCUUGCUGUAGGAUUUUUGGCUAUAUCUGGUGCUGGAACAAUUGUAAUUUUUAAAAAUUCAGUCAUUCCUAGGCUAAAGUCUUGGAUCCGUACGGUUGUUUUGGAUGAUGAGAAUGCCGUUGGAAAAGAAUUGGCUGGGAAACCGAGUUUGGUUGAAGAAGCUGCUGCAGCUGCAAAAGCAGCAGCAGCAGCAGCAUCGGAUGUGGCAAAGGCUAGUCAAGAUAUGUUGAUUACAAAGAAUGAAGAAAAGAAAAGCUUUGCGGAAUUUGUGAGCUUAUUGGACAUGCAACUUCAGGAAAUGAAGACAAUGAGAAAUGCUAUUACAAAAUUAGAAGGGCAAUCAUACAUUGCUGGGAGAAACCAAGUCAGGGAGGACUAUCUAGACGGCUCUGUAGUGCGUUCCAGGUUCCAGCCGCCGGUGGGCAGCAGACCUGAAUAUGAUAUUCGAUCAGUGAGGUCUGUCUCACCUCCUGCAUCAAUUGAGCCGCCUCAUCCAAAAUCCUAUAUGGAGAUUAUGGACAUGGUGCAGAGAGGGGAAAGACCACCUAAUGUCAGAGACAUUGAUGAUCGCCCCCCAAAUCCUAAUCAACCCAUUUCAAAUUCAAGUUUGGUUCCUAGAGCUAAGCCUUGGGAAGUUGGUAAGCCUACUAGCAGCACAAGCUAUGUUCCUCAAUCUCAAGUUACUAAUGGAGGUCCUGCACAAGAUAACGGAGUCACAUAUCAGUACAAUAAUAACAACUCUACACCUUGGUGGCAGCAAAAGAGCACAAGAAUCACCGAAAUUGAGAAUGGAGAUAGUCAGAAUUUUGGCUCAGGAUCAAAUGGUACUACCAAUACGAUAAACGUCGGUCCAACUCAACGCAGGUGGGUUCCACCCCAACCUCCCCCUGUCUCAAUGCCAGAAGCAGCCGUGGCGAUUCGACAGCCUAAAUCAAAUCCAAAGGAUGUCAAUCUGAACGCCGAAGAAGCAGCACAGCCUAUGACUGCGCUUGAUGAGUUACUGAGAAUCACUCAGGAAUCCGAAUCUUGUGGUCAAGUAGAGACGAAUGGAGGGGGGGGAAGCUCAGAUAUAAACUUCAGUGAGUUGCAAGCAGAUCAGAUCACUGAGGUGUGAAUAAAGAAAACUUGCUGAGCAAAUCGGGAUUUUAUCUUAUCUGCAUUAGCACGUGAUAUGUUUCAUAACAAAUACGUUAAUGUGACUAUACCGAUUAUAUCGCCAGAUCCAUGAAUGCGUUCUAUUAUGUAUGUAUUGUAUUGAUUGAUGCGUCUUCAAUCAAUGUUUGAUCUCUCUUGGCUUUGAUGAAUGAUGAUGAACAAUGUCAGUAUUCAGUGACACUACAUAUCUUUCUUCUGUUGA